AUGGCGUCCUUCAAGCAGCUCUUCUCGGCGGCGCCGGCGCGCGCCUUCGACGAUCUCGUCUCUGGUCCGCGGCUAGCGUUCUAUGGCUUCAUCAUGUUUGGACCCGGCACCAUGGUCGGCCUCUACCUCCACAGCGUCAAAAUCGAAAUGGAGAGCGAGAACGAGGCGGCGCGGCUGGUCAUGCUCGCCAAGGCGCGCGCAGAAGUCGAGAUUGAAGAGAGCAAGGAGGCCCAGCGAAAAGCAGAGCUCGCGGCCAUGGCCGCCAAGAUCGACACGCUCCAAGCCCGUUUGCGUUCAAUGGAGGUUGCCGUCUUGGGCGACGCCGCGCCCGACACGCCUUUGACGAGCGCAGACGCGGCUGCAACGAGAAACGACAUUGGCGCAAAGGAAGACACAGAGUUGUCGGAAGCCACUCUCGAGGCGCCGGCCACGUGGAGCGUUGCGGCGCUCUGGGUCCGUCUGCGCGAGAUGUGGGACGAAGAAGACGAGGUGACGUGGGAUGAUUUCUUCUCGCUCGAGUCGUGGAAAACGUCAUGGAAAGAGUUUUAUGCCAAGCUCAUGGAUACUGGUGAUCGUAAGGCAACGCCGUUGCACAUCGAAGACCUCUGGGCCACCCUCGCAGACGUGACGUCGCCCUCGUCGCUCGAUGCAACGCCGGACGCACUGCGCGCCAAGGUCGCGUCGAUCCUAGCCGGUCGUCCCAAGUCGACAGCCCCUGAGAGCUUGCCAAAGACGCGUGAGAGUAUGAGCUUCGUGGAGACGGCGCAGGACGUGCUCCACACCACGUGGGCGAUGCUAUGGAACGACAAGCCCACUGCAACAAGUCCCGAGGACGCCCAACGCAUGGCUGACGAGGCAGCGUUUGAAGAAAAAGUCCUCGCCCGGUUCCACAAGUCGGAUAUCACCAAGCGCAAGCUCGAGCAAGAGUCAGUGUUUCAAGCCCAGGACCUGCGCACGGCGCGAGAUUCGCGGCAGUAG